GAGCUCUUCCCUGUCGAUUAGAAGUGGGAACUUCUGUCCUAACUCCAGGUGCUGGGAGUGCUGUAAGCAGACAGGAAAAAGAAUCACGCUGAAGGCAGUAGAAUUCCAGAGCUGGUAAAUACUGAGUGCGGACGAAGGUCAAAACUUGGAGCUGGAUACACUGAUAUCAGGUGUGGACCCAAAGGAACCACUCCAUGCACCUCUUCUUGAACGGUAAUUGCUUCCAGCUGAUGCUCACCUGUGCAUCUGGUGCUACCCAGGACUGACCUUUCCCAUCAAACUAGAGAAGGCUCUUGACUUCUCUGGCCUUGACAUCCUCUGAGGGUAGAGCUCAGAAAAUGUGGAGGGAAUUUGUACCCAUCUGGUGUCUUGCUGUGGUGCUGCCCCAGGGGAAAAGGAUUCUGAUUCCUAACAGAAGCAUAUUUCCAGUGCAAGAAGUCCAUGGGCUCAGGUAAAGAAACUGAUGAUGAAGGAGAUUAAAUAAUGUGCUCAAGGACAUACAAGGUACAUGGCAGAGCUGGGAUUUCCUUCAGCAGUCCAACUUUAUGUCCUAAGCCUUAAUCAUUAUGUUCCUGGAUAUGCAGUACUUCAUAACACAGACACUAACCCUGGUAGGAAAAGGAUAAGCUCUCAAGGAAGACAAGACCUGGGCCAAGGAAGACUGAGGGGAGAUGGCAACACACAGAGAAACCAUAGCUGCAGAAUUACGAGCACUCAAAGGCAUGGCUUCCCUCUGGUCUUGUAGCAAGGCACGAACUUAUAUAGCAUUUCUAAAUUCCCUCAACUGGCUCUUCUGGACAUAUCCCUAGACUUUGGAGAUGCAGCAAGAAAGUUGAUUCUCACUCUCUUCUGCUGAAUAGAGAGCAUGAAGACGAACAUGGAGAUGAGGGUGAAAAAGGAGAUCCAGGAGAGGAGGGAAAGCAUGGCAAAGUGGGACGCAUGGGGCCGAAAGGAAUUAAAGGAGAACUGGGUGAUGUAGGAGACCAAGGCAAUAUUGGCAAGACCGGGCCCAUUGGCAAGAAGGGUGACAAAGGGGAAAAGGGUUUGCCUGGGAUACCUGGAGGAAAAGGCAAAGCAGGGACUGUCUGUGAUUGCGGAAGAUACCGAAAAGUUGUUGGACAACUGGAUAUCAGUGUGGCUCGCCUCAAGACAUCGAUGAAGUUUGUCAAGAAUGUCAUAGCAGGGAUUCGGGAAACCGAAGAGAAAUUCUACUACAUCGUUCAGGAGGAAAAGAACUACAGGGAAUCCCUGACCCACUGCCGGAUCCGGGGUGGAAUGCUAGCCAUGCCAAAGGACGAAGCUGCCAACACGCUCCUGGCAGACUACGUCUCCAAGAGUGGCUUCUUCCGGGUGUUCAUUGGGGUGAAUGACCUCGAGAGAGAGGGCCAGUAUGUGUUCACCGACAACACUCCACUGCAGAACUACAGCAACUGGAAGGAGGGUGAGCCCAGCGACCCCUACGGCCACGAGGACUGCGUGGAAAUGCUGAGUUCAGGCAGGUGGAAUGACACAGAGUGCCAUCUUACCAUGUACUUUGUCUGUGAGUUUGUCAAGAAGAAAAAGUAACUUCCCUCUUGCUGCACAUUUGUCAUUGCCCUGUGACUACCAUGGCAGUUAUUUUUAUCCAUCUUUUUCUGUCUAAUUACACUAAAUUCAUUCUGACUCAAGGCAAGUGAGAAAUGCUAGACUGAGGUUUGGAAUCUCCAUCGCCAUGCUCGUCCAUGACGAUUUUGAACAUUUUCAUACACGGUAUGUUAUUGAGCCAUAAGCUCACCAGGUUAUGGGUCCCAAGGGAGAGUUUGAAUUACUAGUUGUGCAGGAGGUGGUUGUCUAUAUCUCAAAUGAAAUUCUCUCUUGGCAUUUGCUCUGCCACCUCUCCCUAGAGCC